ACUGAAAGGUCUUCAUGAACCCCUUUUUUCGAACUGGCAGAUGGAAGGGACCCGUGGACCCCUCGAAAUCUUGUGAAGCAAGCGACGGCCUAAUAAGAAUCUAUAUGUAUUGCUCACCAACAAAGGUCAAAAUCGUUUAAUGUUGCCUCGUUUGAUCUCUGUUCAUGAGGCAUGAACUUUGCACUUGUUUUCCAACACAAUUUCAGUAUAUCUUAAUAUUUUCUUGCUCUUCUACGAAAAUGAAGAUCAUACGUUCCUUUCUUGUUCUGUUGACCCUAUGGAUGGCGCAAGCUUCUGGCAUGGAAGGCCUACAUCCUCGAUCUAAUGAAACGGUCAAUGGGGGAAUGACCAACAGUAGCAGUUCAGAAUGUGUCAGCUACGCUAUACUCGGAAGCGAUACCUGCUUUACCAUUGCAUCAGCAAACAGUAUUACAUGGGCACAGUUACUUGCUUGGAACCCAACUCUCUCUACGACUUGUUCAAAUCUACACAGCUUCACAAAUAUUUGUGUGAGCAACCCAGCUGGAAACUACUCUAUGCCCACCAACACGGCUGGCGUUACCCAGAUCAUCACUACAACAGCUGCUAUUCCAACCCCUACUGUAGAUGGCAGCAAUCCUGAUUGUGGUGAAUGGUACUAUCAUGUCGGUGAUGAUGAUAAUUGCGAUUAUAUCACAGAGACAUUCAGUAUCUCGCUAAAAGACUUCUUGUUCCUUAAUCCUGAGGUGUAUUCCAAUUGUACGAACCUUUGGGCCGGCUAUUAUUACUGUGCCGAACCUGUGGGCUACAUAUCAACCUAUCCGGGCUACUUAUCGACAUCAACCUCGUCCAUGUUCAAUCAGACUCCAACAACGCAAUUGCCACCUGGUACCAACAUUGAACCAGAUUGGCUAACAACAGCACCGAUUAUUCCUCUUGCUAACGGAACCCGAAAGGACUGCAAUAGCUACAUUUGGGUGGAUACCGUUGCAAAUACAUCUAUUGCAGACUGCUGGCAUUUAGCCUGGGCAUAUGGAGCAACAUCUGAAGUGGGUCGUCAAAACAGACUAUUGGUGCUCUGGAAUCCAUCACUUGCGGAACCAAACACCACGAACUCGUUUAUAUUCCCUGACGCUACAGCCACGGUUUCACCCAUCGUCAGUGAUACUUACACAUACCCUUGCACUAUAUCACCGAGCUUGUCGUACUGUGUGCAAUUAGAGCCUGCUACAACAACAUCGUCUAGCGCGAUUGCCACGCCUACACCUCGUGCGAUAGGCGAGACAGUUAAUUGCACCGAAUGGUAUGCGACAGAAUCUUAUGAUACAUGCCAGGAUAUCAUCGACAUCUUCGAUCUGGAUGCCACUGAAUUUUACGAUUGGAACCCAAGCAUCGGUACCAACUGCACUGGACUCGUCGAAGGCACCUACUACUGCAUCUCCACAGGGCCUGCCGGACAGCCUCUGACGACAACCUGGACUGGCCCUUAUCCUUCGGUCACUGCUACUACGACGACGAGCAGUGGUGUAUCCACACCGUCUCCCAUUCAAACUGGCAUGGUGUCAAACUGUGACAGUUUCUACCUUGUCCAGGCCAAUGAUGAGUGUGACACUAUUGCUGCUGACUAUGGAAUCAGCCUAUCUAGCUUUUACUCAUGGAACCCAGCUGUGGGAUCCAAUUGCGCCUAUCUAGAUCUGGGUGAUUAUGUUUGUGUUGGUAUCGCGAGCUCUCCCACAGUUACGACUUCUUCAAGUACAAGCACAAGCACUGGAAUAGUCACACCUUCGCCAAUUCAAACAGGCAUGGUCUCGGACUGUGACUCAUUUUACCUGGUUCAGGCGAACGAUGAGUGUGAUACCAUAGCAUCUGAGUACGAUAUUACUCUAACAGAGCUUUACUCUUGGAACCCUGCUAUUGGAUCAAGCUGUGAAUACCUUGACCUCGGUGACUACGUUUGUGUUGGUGUUUCUGCUCCGGCAAGUAGUGUCACAGUCACAAGCGGAAGUACCUUGACGUCCUCCAUCUCAACACCCUCACCCAUUCAAACCGGCAUGACGACCAACUGUGACGAGUUUUAUGAAGUCCAAGAGAAUGAUACCUGUUCUGGUAUUGCUUCCGACUUUGAUAUUAGCCUAUCUGACUUCUAUGCAUGGAAUCCGGCGGUAGGCUCGACUUGCGCAUACUUGGAGCUCAACGUGUACGUGUGCGUUCAAGUGUCAUCGUAACAUACCUUACGGUCAAGCGGAAGGGCACGAAAUCUCGCCAAGAGAUUUGCCAACUGCUUCCUUGACACUGCGCGUUUUGAAGAUUUGAUUGAGAAGAUGGUACUUCAUGUAAACUAUCUAGCGACAUUUAAGUCCUAAUUAAGUACAUAUAUCAAGCAAACUGCUACGGCAGAAUCUCUAAUAGCUCAAAAUCAUCUGAGUAGAGAUGAAACGGUGAUAUCUGACGGAAUGGGACUGGGCUGAGGAGUACUCUCUGCGUGCGGAAGGGGUCCAAUCCACCAUGGUAAAUAAAUUCAUUUGUGGCCUUGUCAUAGCAGCAAUAGUCCAUGUUACCAAUAUCGUCCCAUCUGUGAUGCAAAGUCAACACUGGCCUUUCACCCACUACGCGCUGAGUCCAGCCGAGUCUGUCGCGUAUGCCCACAAGCAGCUCGUGAUAACCAUUCGACUCUUGAUGCAGAAAUUCCAAGUGACUCAGCUCAACAGACCGUACAGAGGUGGGCAGGUCAGCCAGCACGCUUAAAAGUUCAUCGCCUCGCACUAGAAGUCCUGAAAGACCAAAAUGUUGUAGUUUCUUCCAUUUUUCAUUGACUGCAGGCAAUAUCGUUUUUAGUGGGAUGCAGUGCUCAGGCCCCAACGAAUCGUCUGCAGGCCUGCUCAAGUGCCGGGCUCUUUCAUAAUUGACGUUGAUCUGCAAACUAAAGUGUCUGAGAUCGGAUGGUAACGCAUCUAGUGCCUUUUUGAGGAGACCGCUGCGGAACGAUGACCAAUUUUGCUCUGGAGAGCAUUGUCCAUCAGCCAACAAGGUCAAGUCAAUGCGUUUAAAUCCCGGACGCUGUAGUAAAGAUACCAGGUUAUCGUACUCUUCGCAUGGUUGAUCAAAGAGUCGGCAACUUAGUCCAGUCUGGUGAAGAGUAUGUGUAUCAACAACAAACUCCGAAACAGUGUGGCUGGGCAAUUUUGAAAGUUCCUUCGUUAUAACACAGAAGCCGCGCCACUUCUUUUUCUCUUCUUGAUUCCAGGGCUCCAAGCUGUAAGAGGUCCGGUUUUUCAAAUCAUAUGGCGGCCAGGUGUGCGGGAUGGGGUAGUUAAAUUUAGGCGGAAAAGAUCGAAUCAUCGGGGUCUCGUAUAAUGGUACAUCCAGGACCCCAUGGGCUACAGGAGUAAGCGUGACCCGUGUCAAUCGUGGAAAACGCUGUAGACCAUAUCUCAAAGCCCUGACGUCAUCAUCAGAUUCAAGGACAGCUUUCUGUUGUUGUAGUAGCUGCUCAUAGAAUUCCCACGAGAGAUGAAUUGACGGAUCUGUUUUGUGGGAAAUUUUCCGAAUCUCUCGAACCCUGACGUUCUUUUCGUAGGCCUCC